CGUGUCAGUGCGACCCUGGACCCUGGACCCUGGACCCUGGACCCUGGACCCUGGACCCUGGACCCUGGACCCUAGAUCCUGGACCCUGGACCCUGGACCCUGGACCCUGGACCCUGGACCCUGGACCCUGGACCCUGGACCCUGGACCCUGGACCCUAGACCCUGGAUCCUGGACCCUGGACCCUGGACCCUGGACCCUGGACCCUGGACCCUGGGCCAUGGAACAAGUAGCGACCCUAGACAGACUCUGUAGAGAGCUAAGAGCAUCUCUGGAAGACGUGAAGAAGGAUGUGAGAAGUCUACGGGAAGAGAACGCCAGGUUUCAAUUCUCCUCGCGAGAGAAGGAAGAGGAGGACGGCCGUGAUAAAAGAAAGUUAGUGGGAAGGAUAGGGAUAAGAAUUAAGGUGAGGGAUAGUAGAGACACCGGUGUGGAUAAUGGGAGAUCGGUGCAGCAGGAUGGAGACGAGGAACAGAUACACAGUGUUGAAUGCAGGAAGGAAGUUCACAAGAAUGAACACAAGAAGAAAGAAAUCGAGAAUGAACACAGGAAGAACAGACUCAAGGAGAAUGAAGACACAAUAAAAAAACCAACUAAGGAAGAGUAUAAAGCCCCUGGGACUACCCAGGACUACUACUCGACUACCCAGGACUACUACUCGACUACCCAGGGAAAACCAUUUAUUAGGUUGGUGACGGUGAUGGCUGGGCUGAUGAACAGUGGUGUGAGUGUGGCCAGUGUGGUGAUGUCUGCUGUCUUCCACCAUCCCAUACUCACACCAUGCCUCACACUUCAUGGAGUUGCCCAGGUGUCUGCAGUGGCAGGAAUGGCUGUUUAUGCUGAUGUCACAGCUCAACUCCAGCAUAACUCGCAUCAGACCAGGAUGCUGCAAGCCGGCAGAAGGAAAAACAGGAAAUCCUACCUGAUUAGAAAAGAGAAACGAGUUUAUCGAAGCCUAAGCAUCAAUAAUUUGAGAGAGAAAACUGGUAACCUAAUUCCUCUGGAAGAAGAAGUGAUGGGAGAGACUGGUGCAUGGUUUUACGUCUCUUGUAAGAUAUUUACAGCUGUUAGCGUCGCGUUCCUCCUUCCUGUGACCACUGUCGGUACAGUGAUAAUCUACUCUGUAUGGACGGAUCCGUCAGAAAGUUCCAGCCAUUACGGAGUCCUGACGAGUUACAGUCGUGUUGUGUUCAUCACUUAUGAUGUUCUCUAUCUGGGAAUAUUUAUGUAUUUCUUCUGUGUGAACUCUUGUUCGCCAUUAUUUGGAGAGGAUAAGCAGCCAGCAUUAUCCACCUCAGACUUGGCCUACAUGUAUAAAAAAUGUGAGAGACGGGCACAGGCCUUCCAGCAGGCCUACAGAAAUUGUAAAGUUUCACCUCUUAUGGAUUAUAACAACACUUCCCCAGGUAACAUGUACCUUAGGUCUAUACUUGAAAUAUAUUUAAAAUCACGUCACCUCCCUGUUCAGUCCAUCACUCGUUUAGAAAAGUGAUGGACUGAACACCGAUUCCAGACUGAGGGACUGAUUACCUCAAACUCCUCCUCUCCUUGCCCAUUUCUACUUUGUAUUGGACUGAUGAAGCCACUGUGUGGCGAAACGUUUCCUUAAUAAAGAUUCCCAUAUGUUGCAUAAGUGUUUCAUUCUUUACCUUCUCCAUAAUUACUAUUACAUUUGCUUUGUUUCGUAAGGUAAAG